UUGCGCGUGCGCAGUCGGCGGGGGAAGAUGGCGGCGGCGGCGCGGCGCGUGCGGCCGGCGGGGCCGUGGCCGGGGCUGGCCCGCGCCCUGGCGCUGCUGUGCUGCCUGGCGGCCCGCGGGAGCGCGCUGUACUUCCACAUAGGCGAGACGGAGAAGAAGUGCUUCAUCGAGGAGAUCCCGGACGAGACCAUGGUCAUCGGCAACUACCGCACGCAGCUGUACGACAAGCAGCGCGAGGAGUACCAGCCCGCCACCCCCGGGCUCGGCAUGUUCGUGGAGGUGAAGGACCCCGAGGACAAGGUGAUCCUGGCCCGCCAGUACGGCUCCCAGGGCCGCUUCACCUUCACGUCCCACACGCCCGGGGAGCACCAGAUCUGCCUGCACUCCAACUCCACCAAGUUCUCCCUGUUCGCGGGGGGCAUGCUGCGCGUGCACCUGGACAUCCAGGUGGGCGAGCACGCCAACGACUACGCCGAGAUCGCCGCCAAGGACAAGCUGAGCGAGCUGCAGCUGCGCGUGCGGCAGCUGGUGGAGCAGGUGGAGCAGAUCCAGAAGGAGCAGAACUACCAGCGGUGGCGAGAGGAGCGCUUCCGGCAGACCAGCGAGAGCACCAACCAGCGGGUGCUCUGGUGGUCCAUCCUGCAGACCCUCAUCCUCGUGGCCAUCGGCGUGUGGCAGAUGCGACACCUCAAGAGCUUCUUUGAAGCCAAGAAGCUGGUGUAGGCGCCGCCAGCCUCUGGCCGUCUGUCCAGGGAAGAAGGACCUCGGGGAACUGCUCGCUCUCCGGCCCGGGCUCCGGAGGGCCACUGGCCAAAUGCCCUCUGGGCCUCACCGCUGGGUGCAGCUUAACUGGCAUCUCCUGGACAGGUGGCCGUCACCGCUGCCCUCCUCUGGGCCACGCCCUUGCAGUAAUCACCCGGGGCAGCUGGGCUGUGGGGCACCCCUGCACCCCCGGGCUCUCAGUGUUACCUGGGCAGGGAUGUGUGGUGGCGGGGCGGGCGGUUCAGGCAUCCAUAGUCUUCCUUCUCGGAGUCUUCCUGCGGGAGCAGGUUGGGCGCAGCUGCAGCGCCCGCUGUUCCCUUCCCGGGCUGCUGAUGGAGAUGGGGUGCAGCCUCUUUCCCGGCUGGUCCCUUCUGGGGCUCGGGGACCGGGGUCCGGCCAAGAAGAGACCUUGGUGCUGUGGGAUGGGUCUGCAGAAUCUUCGUUACUGAUUUCAUUUUCAAUAAGUCUCCAUUUGUUACAUCAGUUUCCCAAUAAAAGAAAUGAACUUCUG